AUGGUUAAAAAACCUGGAGUUGUAUGGAAUUAUUACAAUAAAAAAGUUGAUGGUGCAGCUGUUAUUGCAUUUUGUAAAUUUUGUGAAAGAUCAUAUAUGCAAAAUGCAACGCGAAUGGAAAAACAUUUGGCAAGAUGUGAAAAAGCAACACCAGAAGUUAAACAAUUAUUUUUACGUGUAUCAACAAGUAAAAGAGUUAAUAGAGCACGUUUAAUGGGUGCUAAAAUGCCAAUUGAUUGGUUAAAACAACAUCGUGAAUUGGGUCUUGAUGUUAGUACAUUAACUGAAGCUGAUUUGGAUGAUAUUAAUGAAUGGAAUCGUCAAAAAGAAAUGGUUAAUGAAGAUACAGCUGUUCAAAGUAUAAUAUUAACUGAAGAUCAAACACAAGAAGAAGAUAUUAAUUGGGAAGGUGAUGAAGAAGAAGUUGAUGAAAGUCCAGCAAAAAAAGUUAAUGAUGCUGCUAAAUCAGCUAAAGUAUGGGUAAAACAACUCCCAGAUAGUUAUGUUAUAACUCAAAAUGACUACCCACCAGAAUCAAACAAAAAUUGUAAUGGAAGAUCAUCUGGUGAUCAUGAUGUUAAACAUAUUCACAUACAGUCUGUCACUUCAUUGUCACCAGGUCAUCAACCAACAACAUCAACAUCAUCAUCAUCAACAACAACAGCAGCAGCAGCAUCAUCAACACUUGGUCAUUCACCACUUGAAUCACGUAUAUUACAAGAAAAAGUACUUGAAAGUCGAGCACUACGUAAAAUUGCUGAGCUUGAAUUACAACGUAAAAAAUUAGAAUGUGAAAGAUAUCAAUGGGAAUAUGAGCGUGACAAAGCACAAUCUGAAAUAAGAUGGGAACAUGAAACUCGUAUGAUGGAAAUUAAAGAAGAACAUGAAAAAAAACUUAUUCAAGUUCAUGUCCAAGAAGGAUAAAUAAAUUCAUACUUUUUUUACAAAUAAAAAAAU